AUGGAUUUCAUUGCUUGGCUCUGCGCAGGGCCGUCUGAAACGAAAACAAAACAGAACGGCAGAGUGCACUAUGCGUCUUUGAAGGUAAACAAGCGGAUUUUGAGCAGCUGGCUUACAUCUGAUGAAGACUUUGCUUCAGCGGACAUGCUUGCGCAGCAUGUGCUUGGAGCCAUCACCUGCAAAGCUGCAUUUGUGUAUGAUGCCUCUUGCGUGUUGACACAAGUUCAGAAUGCCCAGCGGUUGCAUUGGCGGGACAGAGGGGUGCCAGAAGGCGACUUGUGGUAUUUCAAGGUGGUGGAUUGCGUGUUUUUCGCAGAGCCGCUGCCAGCAGGACACUUCAUCAACCAUUCCAAGAGCAAAGUGUAUGAUAUUAUUUCUGAAGAUUCUGCAGCGGAGUUGGCUUUGUAUGUAAACCCGAGGCCCGAUUGGUUAGAUGAAGGGCCGCGCCUGUGCUUCAAGGUUCCGCCUCGAAUUGCGUACUUGUUCUUGAACCAGGGGUGGCGGGAUAUGUGUUUGCCAUCUCCUUUCAUUCGUGGUCCAUGGCACUUGGCAGCAUGGAAACUCGAUUCGAUGGAGCAUGCGUUUACACGGGCUUUUCAUGGGUUGCAGGCAGCUGGGGCUAGAGUGGUUCUUCCGGAUGGUCAGAGGCAUUUCAAUUUGACUGACUGUCGGAACCUUGCAGACGAUUUGCGGUCAUAUUUGGGCCAGGUGUCCGAGGACAGCGUUCCAGAGAUCAUGCAAUGGAUCAGGCAGCUUCAAAACACCAGCGACAACCUAGAAGUUCCGCUUGUUGCCACAUCUCAGAAGUUUCAUCGUCUUAUCGAUUUUAUUUUGCUCUGCGAUCUUCUGAAGGAUGUCGGUAGUGCGAAGGAAGUCAUCAACCGAGCUUUGGAGCUGACUCUUCCGAAGAGUUUGCUGGAGAUUGCGAAGAUUCAUCUUGAACAGCAGCGUUUUUUCGAUAAGGGUGAGAUCAGUCGUUUUCGCAUUGUCCUUGAUGUCGCCUUUAUGCUUUUGCAGCGUGUGUUCUCUUGGGUGAAGUUCAUGAAGGGAGAAAGAACAUCGCGGUUUCUUAUGUGGGAUUCCUCUCCACAGUUCUCCCGAGAUUAUGAGAUGAUCCGGAUCGUUUCAAUUCCCCAGGCACGAUUGUGGAAUGUUUUUGCUGCUGUAACCAGGAUGAGUUCGAUGUGGCUUGACACCGAGGCUGGAGACAUGGCCAUGGUUAAGCUGGAUGCUGCAAAAACUUUGGACGAAGCUUUACAGGCAGAAGAAGCAGCCCUGAUGCGUACAUGCGAGGAUGUUCUGCGUCCUCACAUUUGCCCAGCAGUGAUCUUGGGGUUUGGAGCGACUUCUUUAUCCCACAAAUUUCAUACACUUUGUCAUGCAUUGCGGCUGGAACAGCUCACGGGUGCAAGUCUCGAGGGUUGCAGCCGAGAGUUCGUGUCUGUGACGUCUGACUUCGGUGUUGAGCACAUGUUGGGAAGGGUUGCCAGAGUCAACGUGAGCGAACUAUGCCCACAUUUCGAAGAUGCAGACGACCAAGCUGUUCAAUCAUUGGUCAAAUCGGUCUUGACAAGAGAGGAUUUGUCGAGUGAGUUCAUUCUCGAAGAACCAGAUGUUAGGCAUGCAGUCCCACUGGGCGAAUCAGUGGAAAGUGAUGAAUUGGAGGGUCCUGUCAUUCAGCCUGUGUUGCUUGCAGAUGCAGGUGUUGAGCCGAGCGACUUGCUUGAACCCUUGCCUGUAGAUCCUGUUUCUGAUCCUGAAGAAGACGUGGUAGGCCAUGACCCGGGCAUUCCAGCAGCUGUGUUCGAGGAAGUCCCGCCAAGUCCGUGCCUGGAUUUCACAGAUAUGCUAAGCUUUCCAGGUCUUCAUCAUGUUCUGGACAAUGCAAUCAACGGGAUAGCAGGCGCGAUGCCAAAUUACAAAGAGUUUAUUCACCUGGCUUCGAGGUUGUGCAAAUUCUUGCACAGCAAUGAGACCAGGGAUAUAUUGCUCGAACGUUGUUUUGGUGAUCCUGUGGGCAUGCAAUUUCGAGAGGAUUUUCGGCAGUUCAAGGGUCACAUCUUUCCUGGACGAUGGGGCACGGUGGCUUUCAGCAACUGGCUUUGCGUGUCUACACUUGGGCUGAAGAGCCAUCCAGCUUUGGCCAACAUCCGACAGAAGCGAAAUGCUUUUCGCGACAAAGUCAUGGCUCAGGUUGUUUACCAUGCUGAUGCAAUGACGUUGUACACACUCCCAGUUCCCGAUCUUCCUAUGGUGCCCGAUGACCCAGGUGACCCAGGAGUCUCAGGAUUAGAUGAUGCAGGCGAUGAGGACCGCGAUGACGAAGAUGAUGAUGGGUGCGGUGUUGGGCCCGUGAACAAUUCUGAAGAUGACGAUGCAGCAUCCGACUCUGCGGCGUCGCAGUGUGCAAUGGAUGGCCACGAUGAUGUCGGCCGCAUUGCUGCCUUCGAUCCGAAGACAGCCUCGCUCAAAGCUUUAGUGAACUCCCGGGCAGGUGACUCAGAGGCUCUUCUGCAGAAGCUCAUGCUGCAACGUUUGAGCGAGGUGCUACCUGAGCACGGUGGGCAGUUCCUGUCUAUCCCGUUUCCUGAAAAAGCCAUGCGUAGUUUGGCAGCCGUUCUGAAGCUGGACAACAAGCUGACUUUCGAGCCCGGGAAUGCCAAAUUGCGGCAAUCCAAGGUUGCACUCGAUGCGACCUUGUCGCCGCGACAUGACUUUACUGCCGAUGCACGAUCCCUGCUUUUCUUCAAAGUGGUUCGAAACAAUCCGAUGCAGCUGAAGCGUAACAAGGUUCCCGGUGAACAUGGUUUCGCUUCCAGAGAUGUCAUUGUUGCUCCACACAAGCUCUACGAUAUUGAUGCUGGCAAGAAACAAGUGACUGUGCAAGCAGUGGCGUUGCAGAAGCCUGCUUCUGAGGCCAGGAGCAUGUCAACUAGCAGCUUCGUGCUCAGCCUUCAGUCUUUGGAGUGUCAGCAGCUUGCGGAGCUGCGGACGUGGGAGAAGCGGACAAGCCUGAAGUACAUCAUCAAGCCGAAUGAUUUGCCAAGCUUAAGCGGGUGGUCGAAGCAUCAGCAUGAGGCGUCGGGCAUCCUGCUGGAAGAGCUCAUGGAGAGUUCGGAUGGGGUUCGUGGCACUUUCUGGCGUCUUGCGUCUGAGCGAAAAGAAAUCUUAAAGAUUUUUGCGGAUCUCGAUUGGGUAACACAGACAGCCGCUGGCUUGUGGACCUUGACUUCGCUGGGCAAGCAGAACAUCGAAGUUUGCUGUGUCCUGCACGAGCCGCGUCCGAUCCUGGAUUUGCGGGAAGGUGUGGAGCAUGCUGAGCUCUCGUCAUGGGAGCUCAUUGUCGCCUUGGACCGAGCGGGGUUCGAGCACACCGUCAAGAACAAGAGCAAACAGGAUCGCGAUUACGAUCCGGCCGAUGCAAGAUCCAAGGUAUGGUACAGCAAGCCAAAUGCCGACACGGUCGUGCGACCGUACCUGCUUUGUCUGCUGAAAGGAGAUGUGCCGGUACCCCACUGGAAGCCAGCUGCACUCUACACUGCGUUGCUGAAUGGAGAGGAGUAUCAGCCCAAGAAAUCUGUGAAGAUGCAACAUUUCGCUGAAGAUGAUAUGGAUGCAGGCUCUCUUGUCUGCCCAGAAAAAGCGGUUCGUCGUGGUACUGCUUCGAAAAAGAAAACUUCGCAGCGUGAAGCCUCUCCCGAGGUUUCAAGAGAGCAUGGAGAAGAAGCCCGCGAGCUCCCAAGUCGUAGUCCUGCACCAGCCGACGUUGACACCAGCUUGAUGCAAAGGGACCAACCUGCAGAGGGCUCGGAUCAUGACGAGACCACAGGUUCUACUUCCAGUUCGAGUUCGAGUUCGAGCUCGAAGUCUGGCUCAUCCGAUGGCUCAAGUUCUUCUUCCUCCUCGUCAUCCGAGGAGGAACACGGUGAUAGAGCUCCUGCUGCAGCUCGUGCCAGCAAUCCAAAUGCUGGCUUCCGUUUUGGUCUGAACCACGUGACACAGGUAUUCAAGGAUGGAGCUGCAAUUGGGUUUGAGAUGAUCUGUCAUCAUCCGUUGCACAAGCAAGGGGCCCAGAAGUGUCGCAAGAAGCUCAAUGCCGUAACUCGAGAUCGGUCUGAGCCAGAGACGUUGCGUAUGCUGAAGGCUUGGGGUGCCUGGGGAGCUGAAGUGGCAUCCCGAUCAGAGCACCAGCAGGUCUGGGACAAAGUUGUUGAAGCCUGGAAGGAUGGUACGCUACCGGAAGAGAUUCCUGAGUUUUCGAAGUUCAAAACGAAUUUCAAGAAGAGGGCUUCGAAGCCAAAGGCCAAAGCAGAAGCCAAGCCGAAGUCGGGCCCGGAGCGGCCAGCCAAGCGUGUUCGCAGUUCCUGA